AUGGUUUGCACCAAAUGUGAAAAGAAACUGUCGAAGCUUGCGGCACCGGAUCCUUUUCAACCCUCGAGUUCGACUCGGACGGUAGGGGAGAAUAAACUGGCAGUUAAGGGCCGGCCGGGCACGAGUACGAAACGUUUCACUCCGUAUGGAAGUAAGUGUAAGGACUGCAAGUCGAACACGACGCAAAAUCAGGCAAAAUAUUGCCAUGGUUGCGCGUUCAAGCGUGGUGCGUGCGCGAUAUGUGGAAAGAAGAUUCUGGAUACAUCUGGUUAUGCAAUGUCGAACAAGUGA